ACCCUAAUUGCCUUACCAAGUUAACCAUCCCCCUCUUUCCCCUUCUCAUUUCUCUUACGCGGAUUUCUAGUACACUAACCCCCGCCCAAAAAUAGAAAAAGCCCUAAUUACCUUACCAGUAACGGUUCAGACAUUGAAAUUAGGGAUUUUCGGUGCUCCAGUCGGAUUUGUCGUCCUCCGCAACACCCGAUUCUCGGGGUGGGAUUAUAGAGCGUACCUGGGAACGUACGAAGAAGCAGCGGCAGAAACCCUACACUACUACCCACAACAACCGCAAGUAUCAUACUUCGCAAGCUAGUUGCUAAUUUGCUUCUAACCACUUAAUUACACAGCGAGAUGGAGGACUGGGAGGAUGAUCAAAUUCUACCCCUACCCGUCCUUGCAAAGGAACAACCUAAAAGUAAAUGGGAUGAUGAAGAUGCGGAUGACAAUGAUGUGAAGGAAUCAUGGGAGGAUGAAGAUGAUCCUACACCGGCACCUGAAGCAAAACCUCCAGCUGAAAAGGCCCCCAAGAAACCUGCAGUGAAACCUGCCGAAAAGAAAGGGAAAACUGUUGAAGUAGUGAAGGAAGAGCCACUAGAUCCUGUAGCUGAAAAACUCCGCCAACAACGGCUAGUGGAAGAAGCUGAUUAUAACUCUACUAAAGAACUGUUUGGUAAGAGAGACGAUGAGAAGACCCUUGAAAAUUUUAUUCCCAAUUCAGAAAGCGACUUCUUGGAAUAUGCAGAGCUCAUUUCACAUAAGCUCCGCCCCUAUGAGAAAAGUUAUCAUUAUAUUGGUUUACUCAAGACUGUAAUGAGACUAUCAAUGACUUCCAUGAAAGCAGCAGACGCAAAAGAAGUUGCAUCUUCAGUUACAGCAAUUGCAAAUGAAAAGCUAAAAGCAGAGAAGGAAGCCAAUGCUGGUAGAAAGAAGACAGGCGCCAAGAAAAAGCAGAUCAUUGUUGACAAGCCAGAUGAUGAUUUGGCUGUUGAUGGCUAUGAUGUGCUUGAUGAUUAUGAUUUCAUGUGAGUGUUUCAGUUCAUUCCGCCAAAAGAAUUGGGAUUCAGCAUUUGGAUCAAAGUAGGGAUAAGAUCCUCCGGCAUCCCCUCCCCAGAGAUUGAUAUGAGUGAUAUUGCUGUAUGUUGUCCAAUAAGAGACUGCAUCUGAGUGCCUGUUUUCAAAUGUUAUGGUAAAUUUUGUUAGAUUUGGAUACUAGAUCCACAUUUGCCUGCACAUUCUACAUGUCGUGCUUUGCAUGAGUCAUUCAAGGAUAUGGUGAUUGGUGACGGUGUAAAAGUAAAACUACUAUUUAUUGAUUUUUUUUUUUUUUUUUUUUGGUGUGGUUGAAAGCCCAGAUUUUGUUAUUGAACUUUGUGGUUUGGAUGAAUAAGCUGCGUGGUUGGUUAGAUCCAAUCACGUUAAAAUAUAUCCUCCAUUAAUUUAGAGUACGGCAUAGCUUAUUUGAACA